GUUUUUCAUAUUCUAUAUGAUGAUAUAAUAGAUAGUAACUGAGGAGUAUAAUAUCUCUAAAAUUAUGUAAUUAUUGUUGUUUUAAAGAUAUCAUGGAGAGUGGGAAUCAUUAACAAAUAAUGUUUAAAAUUAUCUCUUUAUAAUAGUCAUUUAAUUACUUAGAUUAGACUAAAGGGGAAACAUUUAUUUAAUUAAAUCCCUAAAGAGAUUUGCCAUAAAAUGAACUUUAACUAAGUAACUUAAGCUUAAUAGGUUCAUUUAAUAUUCUUUUCCUCGAUCCAAAAUAUAUAGAUGAAAAAAUAGUUUUUGGUUUAUUUAAUGUUAGUGAUUUAAAUGGAACAACUUUGUAAUGAAAAAUUAAAAUAUGUAGGUCAUGGUAAGGAAAAACCGACUUUGUUUAUUAUAAAUACUAUAAAUAAAAAGGAGAAUACCCAAAUAUCACUUGUAAAGUAGAUUAUAAUAUAAAAUUAAAUUAUGAUGAAAGUAAAUUUAAGUUUUAAUGAAUAGAAGAAGAGAAAGAUUUUUAAAAAUUAAAUUUUACAAUUAAUUUAAAUAAUGUGGAGAGUGAUGACAAAUAAUGUAACAUUAAAAUAAAUUCAUUUUAUCAGCAUUAUGAAUCUAAUAUUUAUAAAUAAGUGCUAUUUUAUAGUUUAAUGUUAAAUAUUUUAUGUGCAAUACAGUAUUUUUGUGUUACCAGAUUAAUAGAAAGUGUUUUGAGAGAUGAUGAAAAUUCAAUAGUUUAAAGAGUAAAAUUUAUUUUACAAAUAGAUUUCAAUUUUUUGUGUAGGUUUUGUAACAAUAUAUGACACAUUUUUAGCAUUUCAAAAUUUAAGCUUUGCAUUUGGAGAUGCUGUAUAACUUAAUUUUUAUUUAGAAUUUCCAAUAUUUCAUUUUGCCUUCAUUUUUCUUUUUUAUGCUUACUAUGAAUUGUGAUUUAAAGUUAUUAUGGAUUAUUUGCAGAAUAAGAUUUUAAGAAUAAUUCUAAGAUUAAUAAAGCUAAAGACAAUUUUUAACUAAAUUUUUUAUUAUUUAUUGUAAGAUUUAAAAUUUAUUAAAUUAGAUUCUUCUUUACUAACUUUGUUUUUAUUGUUGUAAGAAUAUGAAUUGUAUAAUUCAUUUUUAUUGUUAAUCGGAUUUUUUAUGACUCCUUAAAUAAUUCAUAAUAUUAGAUUAGGAUCGAAUCCAAAGUUUAUACUUGAAUAUAUAUUCGGAUUUUUAUCUAUAAAUAUUGCAGUUCCUGUAUAUUAUUUUAAUAAUUUAAGCUAUACUUUAGAGGAUAUCCAGAUAAUUUUAGAAGAUUGAAACCUUCACUGGAAUUUUGUAUUAGCUGGCUGUUGAUCUUUUUUGUUUAAAUAUUGAUUUUAUAUAUCUAAUAUAAAAAGGGUCCUCGUAAGAUUAUUCCAAAAUGCUUAUUACCAAAAUAAUACAAUUAUUAUUAAAAUUAUAAAAUUUAAGAAUUAGAAGAUUGUGCUAUUUGUUUAUUACAUUUAAUGAUUGAGCCUGAUUAAUAAGAAUAAGAUUUAGAUAGAAUGUUGGUAAGUAAAGUUUUAAUGAUUACACCUUGUGGACAUAAAUUUCACCCUUUUUGUUUAAAAAGUUGGAUGGAAAUUAAAUUAACUUGCCCUACUUGUCGAAAUACUAUUCCUGCAAUUUGUGAAUGAAUUGAUACGC